GUUACAGAUUGGAAUGCAGCCAGAGAAGCAGCAUGUCCCCUCUCAGACACCGUAGGUACUUGAAGCUUGUCACCGCAAAAAGGAUCAUGUACAAGGUAGCAGGGGUGGCUGCUGUGCCUGGAACUCUCAGCCUGAUGUCAGGUACUGUGUUUGCUGCCACCGAGGACAAGCCCAAUGUCACCUUAAACACAGAUGAGCUCUCCCUCUACACUACACCACAGCAGAAGUUCCGCUAUGUGGAGCCAGAUAUAGGGCACUUGGAGCAAGGUGUUACCACUCUAAGGAAACUGGCAGAGCCCUAUGUUACUUGGUGUCAGCAAACAAGCCAUUCGGCAGUGGAAAAGGUUCAGGGUGCCAUUGGAAAAGUGAAGCCCAAGGUUGAAAGUGCCAUCCAAUUAGGAAGUGAGACCUUCACAUUCCUACAAAACCCUCCUGCUGAAUUCUACCCCCGGCUUGCAGUCAUUGGAUUUUCUGGUAUCAUUGGACUCUUUCUUGCAAGAGGCUCUAGGGUGAAGAAGCUUGUCUACCCUACAGGGCUGAUGGCUGCGGGCUAUUCUAUGUACUACCCCCAGGCGGCCGCAUCAAUCGCCAAGAACACAGGAGACUCGUUGUACGAUUUCGCCCUUCAGGGCUAUGUUAAUGUAGAGAACGUUUUCAAGUCCGCAACCACAACAGUUGAGGGGAAGCCAAUGAAAAACGAAAAACCAGAGGAAAAGAGCCCAACUGCAGAGUCCAAACCCUGAUCACAGCAGUUACAACAAACCUGACCAUUUCUGCACAAUACCAGUCUGCCAGUGCCCAACACCUUAAUUGACCUGGUGGUCAAUAAGCCUCUUUAUCAGCCUGCAGACUUAUGGAACACCCCAAUCACUUCUCACUUAAUGUUGUCAAUUCAUUAUAAAUAUAUAUUUUUUUGUGAUAGCUCAAAUCAGUGUACUUUGCAUAUCAGGUGCUUAUGCUAACAAAUUGCAGAAAAGGGCUUAUAAUGACUUAUCUUUUUUUCAGAUAAGGUGUGAUAGUAUCAUUGACAACAAAACAAGAUUAUCAGUCUUCCCAGAUAUAACAGGUCCAUCCCCCUGUAUGCUACUGUACGUCAUGGUUAGGCUCGCUCCCAUCUGCCACUCUUAUGUCCUGCUUCUGCAAUAGCCCAGUGUUUCUCUCUGGCAUUUACGCAGUAGGGCGCAGGACCGGUCACUUAGGUUAUAAACUUGAUGUAUUGAAGGUUCAGCUUUGUGAUUUGAAUGUACUGUAUUUAUGUUGACCUGAAAAUGUAUCUAUUGACAGCAUUGCUUUUUAAAAGUAAAACUAAAGGCCGUAAAAAUACUGUAGAGGUUUUGCACAAAGGCACCCGAAGCAUGUGUGAGGACAAAUAAGUGAAGAAAAACUUGUUUGAAGACAUUUAAGAGCUCUGUCCUUCCAUAAACAAGCCCCCACUUCUC